AUGGCUCUCGCAACGUUCUCUCUCUGUCUCAUAACCCUCACCUGUGCAAACUUACACCUGGUGUAUGCCAACAACCGACACGCCGUCCAUUGGAACAGCUCGAAUAUACACCUGCGCAGGGAGGGCUACACGGUGGAGGUGAACGUGAACGACUACCUGGACAUCUACUGCCCGCACUACAACGACAGUCAGCGCGGUUUCAGCGAGCAGUACGUCCUCUACAUGGUCACCUACCGCGGCUACCGCACCUGCGACCCCAAACUGGGCUUCAAGCGCUGGGAGUGCAACCGGCCCUACGCGCCCCACGCUCCCAUCAAGUUCUCCGAAAAGUUCCAGCGCUACAGUGCCUUCUCGCUGGGCUAUGAGUUCAACGUGGGACAGGACUACUACUACAUCUCCACGCCCACCCAUCACCAUGGCCACAGCUGCCUCAGACUGAGGGUGUACGUCUGCUGCUCUGCCACAUCCCACACAGUAGACGAUCCCCACCCAACCCCGUCAGACUACACUCUCAGACCCAACAUCAAAAUACACGACAUCGACGAGUUUAACCCUGAAAUCCCCAAGCUGGAGAAGAGCAUCAGCGGCGGCAGCCCCUCCCACGACCGCCUGCUGCUGACCGUCGCCGCCCUCUUCCUGGCCGCCCUCUCGGUCUCCUAG